CGGCUUCCUCCAGCCCGCCCCGCCCCUCGGACUCCCAGGCCGCCCCCGGCCCCAUUCGGGCCUGGCCUCGCGGCGGCGACUCGGCUGCGCUCCGCCGCGUCCCCGAAUCCUGGGAAUCGGCGCGCGCGGGGCAGCGUCCCGCCACGGAUCCCAGCUGUCACCUGCCUGCUGGGAAGAUGCUGCCCCGGUGGAGCCUCCCGGGGGUUGUGCGUGCAGCCGCCGCCCUGGGAGUGCUGUGGUUCUGCCUCGCAGGCGCUGUGGAGGUCCAGGUUCCUGAAGACCCGGUGGUGGCCCUAGUGGGCACGGACGCCACCCUCUGCUGUUCCUUCUCGCCCGAGCCCGGCUUCAGCCUGGCACAGCUCAAUCUCAUCUGGCAGCUGACAGACACCAAACAGCGGGUACACAGUUUCGCCAAGGGUCGGGACGAGGGCAGCGCCUACGCCAACCGCACGGCGCUCUUCCCGGACCUGCUGGAGCAGGGCAACGUGUCUCUGAGGCUGCAGCGCGUGCGCGUGGCCGACGAGGGCAGUUUCACUUGCUUUGUGAGCAUUCCGGACAUCGGCAGCGCAGCAGUCAGCCUGCAGGUGGCAGCCCCUUACACGAAGCCCAGUAUGACCCUGGAGCCCAACAAGGACUUGCGGCCUGGGGACCUGGUGAUCAUCACGUGCUCCAGCUACCGGGGCUACCCCAAGGCCGAGGUGUUCUGGCAGGACGGGCAAGGAGCGCUCUUGACCGACAACGUGACCACGUCGCAGAUGGCCAACGAGCAGGGCUUGUUCUACGUGCGCAGCGUCCUGAGGGUGGUGCUGGGCGCUAACGGCACCUACAGCUGUCUGGUGCGCAACCCCGUGCUGCAGCAGGACGCGCACGGCUCUGUCACCAUCACAGGGCAGCCCAUGACAUUCCCCCCAGAGGCCCUGUGGGUGACCGUGGGGCUGUCUGUCUGUCUUGUUGUACUGCUGGUGGCCCUGGCCUUCGUGUGCUGGAGGAAGAUCAAAGAGACCUGUGAGGAGGAGAAUGCAGGAGCUGAGGAUCAGGAUGGGGAUGGAGAAGGAUCCAAGACGGCCCUGCGGCCUCUGAAACACUCCGAAAGCAAAGAAGAAGAUGGACAAGAAAUAGCCUGACCAUGACCACCUGGGAGCUGCAGCCCCUGCCCUGGGGCCCCCACCUCUGGCUACACUGGGAACUGGGGGGCCACUGCCCCCAACAGGUGGACCCCACUCUGGCGGGUCUAUUCUCCAAAGGGCAUGAUACAUAGACCACCCCACGGUCUUAUUUCUCCACUGGACAUGAUCCCAAGUCAUCCUGCUGCCUUAUUUCUCUGGUGACAUGAUAACAUAAGUCAUCCUGCUGCCUUAUUUCUAAUGGACACAAUACACAGAUCACUCUCCAUCUUGUUUCUCCAAAGGAUAUGGUACACAGGCCAGCCCACACCUUAUUUCUCCAGUGGAUAUGCUACGUGGACCAUCGGGCUGCCUUUUUCUCCCAAAGGACCCAUUGCCUUAUUUCUCCAGAGACGUGAUCACAGUCGGCCCUUGCCUUGUUUCUCCAGUGGCUCUGACACACUAGCAUUUCUCAACCUUCAUCUGCCUAUAACCCCAUCUCCCCAGCCAGGGGCACUGCAGUCUCAGCGUCUCCUUGAGUCUUGAGGCUGCUGCCUGCACCUCCUGCUCUGGCCCCAGUGCUGGCCUUUUCCCUCCCCUGCUAAGCGAAGACAGACUGUCCCCACCAGGUGUGCAGACAAGCAGGUGCAUGUGCUGGACCACGUGUGGAUCCCCCUGCCCCCCACACCCACCCGUCUCCUCGUUGGUGCCCUGGGCUGUGCCUGUGACCACCCUGCCCUCUGCCCAGCCCGCCCCACCCUGGGAAGCAUGUGCUGGUCACACUGGUUCUCUGGGGGUGUGCGGUGGGCCCCAUGGGGUCAGCCUCUGUCCUUCUGCCUUUCCCGCCUUGGGAGCCUCGAACCAACUUUGAAUUUGUUUGCGCAUCCAUUCAGUUAAUGCUUAUUGAGCAUCUGCAGGGUGUCAGCAGUGUGUUAGGUGCUGGGGACCUGGAGUGAGAAGAGAGACCCCUCCCUCAAGGAUGUCACCAUCCAGUCCAGAAGCCCGUGAGGAAACGCUCACUGUGCCACUACAGCUUGAGCCUAUGGGGGCGCCGGGGAAGGUGGUUCGAGAGGGCAGCUUCUGCCUUCCUCUUCUGGGCCCACAGCUUCCUGGAUACCUCACUGCUAUCCCAUCCCUAAUCCUUACCUGGAUCACGGGGCGGGGGUGGGAACCCGGACAGAGGGAGAGAGGGAUGUAGCCUCUUGUCACAGCUGGGGGCUCUGAUGGUUUCUGAAGUGUCUUCCCAGGCAUGAGCCUAGAACAGCCGGCAGGUGGGCAGGCAGCCAAGGCCCCCGGACCUGGGACAGCAGCACACAUGAGCCUGGGGGAGGGGGAGGGCCAGGAGGGCUUUGGGGACCCUGGCAUACCCCCCACCCCACUGAGGUGCUAUUCUGGGGCUGAGGCAGAUACCUUCUGGCUUGUCUCAGGCCAGCCCCAGCCUCCAGCAGAGCAGAACUUCUGAUGUUCUCUUGGUGACAUCUCUCUUUUCCCCAGACAUGGAAGAUAUGGGGAUUUCUAUUUUAAAUGUGGGAUUCCGAGGAAUUCUGUAGACCGGGGGUGUAUUUUGGGAAAAAUAAAUGCCUUCGUAUAAAAGGUUCUCUGUGAUGUGUCUGGAAGCGGAGUGGGGCAUUAAGGCUCAGUGGGAAUGAGUCCCUCUUAGAAAUUUCAGACUGGGGUGGGGAUGUCUGGG